GUGGGGGAGGGGUGGCAGGCCAGGGGGCAGCACGGGGUGAGGGCCCCUCACUGCAUGGCGGGUUCCAGGGGCCGCCACUCCCUGGCUUGGGCUGAGCUGGCUUUACAGUAGGUCCUACAAUAACCAGCACUUCCGCGAAACCGGACCUCAACAAACCAGCCCCGCCCCAGCGCCUGGGGAGACCCCCCCAUAACCAAACCAUCCCACCCCACUUUUGAUCUGGGAGACCCUACAAUAACAAAGGGCACCCAGACCCAGGGAGCAGACAAAGGAGCGAAAGGGAAGGCAGCUGAUGGGGGUAGGGGCUGGUUUCUUUGGGUCUCCCCGUCCCCCUCCAAGGGGUUGACCCCCCUGGCCCCGAUCCCGGGGUGGGGAAGGUUCCUUAGCCGGAGCCGCUAAUCAGCUGGCCUGGAGGAUUAAGUGGACAGGCUGGUGAGUCACGUGACUGGCUCCCAGCUGGGAUCCCACCCCCCCUCGGCUCAGCCGCUCUGGCUCCGAGAUGGGCUGGCGAGGGACGGACAGACGGACGAAGCCACCGCCACAGAGAGAACCCAGGCGUCCUGGCUCCCAGCCUCCCCUGCUCUAACCCACCAGACCCCACUCCCCUCCCAGAGAACCCAGGCGUCCUGGCUCCCAGUCCCCCAGCCUGCUCUGACCCAUGACCUCCCUGGUUGCCUCCCCUCCCCCUGCUGCCCCCGAGGAUCCUGCCCUGGGCCUGGCCCCACGGCUGCCCCGGCCCUUCCUCCGCAGCCUCCGGACCCUCUUCGAGAUCCUGGAUGAGCAGCGGAGUGGGGCCGUGCACCUGUCGGAGAUCGAGAGCCGCUGGGGCCGGGGGGGCCCGGGCCUGAGCCCCUCGGGGGGGCCGCAGCACGAGCUCCUGCCCCCCGGGGUGCUGCCUGCCCUGCAGCAGGUGGCGGGGCCCAGCGGGGGGUUCCUGAGCUUCCCCCGCCUAGUGGCGGGGCUGAGAAUCGCGCUGCUCCGGGACCAGGAGGAGGAGCAGGGGCCCGGGGCGGAGGCGGCUGAGACCGGACACAACUCGGCGCAGGAGAGGACGAGUGGGGGCCAGACGCGCGAGGGGGAGCCGAGGGGCGUGACCCGAUCUCGCAGCAUCAACAGCGCCCUGAGCCAGGCGGGGCAGCCCCGGAGCCUCCGAGCCCCGAAGGAGCCGCGACGCCACACGAUCACCCACGGCAUCGACUAUGGGGCGCUGCAGCGCCGGCAGGCCCAGGAGCGGGAGCGGGACGCGCUGCUGCAGGGGCUGGAUCUCGCCGAGCGCCUGCGGGGCUGGUACCGGCGCCACCUGCUGGAGGCCCAGCGCAAGCAGGAGCAGGUGGGGGCGGAGCCGGAUUAUUUCCCGGAUUCCUGCCCCAAUCAGAGCUGCCUCCUGCUGGCCAAGAUCCAGGAGGUGAAUCUCGGGCUGCGAAACCUACUGGCCAGCCCUGGAAAGGCUGACCCUCCCCCCUGCUUCCCCUCCAGCCGGUUUGGGGCGCCCCUCGUCCAAGGGGGGAAGCAGCAGGCAUUGCAGCAGCAAGCCGUGAGCGUGCUGAAGGAGCAGAACCGGCUCCUCAUCAAGGAGGUGUCGGAGAAGAGCGACCGCAUCGCCCAGCUGGAGCGGGAGAAGGCGGCUCUGUGCAGGCAACUCCAGGAGAGCCGGGGCUACCGGCUGCCCAGCCACAAGGAGUCCACCUUCAUCUGACGGCCGAGGUCACUUCCUCCCGCGGACCUACGUGACGGUCACUUCCUGUCUCACACCAGCCGGACUCAAGUCACUUCCUUCUGAGAGAAAAGACGUAAUUUUCUCCCGGUGCAAUGACAUCACUUCCUGUCGUUCUCCCAGGGCCAGUGAGGUCACUUCCUUCUACCCGACCCCCCCCAAUGCACAAUGAAGUCAUUUCCUGCUGGACCUGGAAGGAACUAGCUCACUUCCUCCUCCUGUCCUAUUCUGUCAUUUCUUCCUUCCUGGCAGUGGUCCAUGAUGUCACGCUCCUGAUGGUAUGACAUCAUCUUCAGACUCUGCUGACAUCACUUCCUCUUCAGAGCCUUUAGUGUCACUUCCUCUCCCUUCUCCUCCUCCUCGCCGUUUCUGAUGAUGUCACUGACUUCUUCACUUCCUGUCCCUUCUUCCGCCAACCCCUGUGUGGUUGCUUCCUGGUCAAUUCCAACCCCGCCCCACCCUCUGAGGUCACGGCCUCUCUCAUGGACACACACACACACACACACACACACACACACACGCACGCACACCAUGAUGUCACACUCCUGGCAUCUGGGAGCCUCCAGGUGACAUCACUUCCCAUUUUGACAGGCUGGUCUCCCAGACUGGGGAGUGGGGGAAACAACAGUGAAGGAUUAUGGGUAACAAGAGGUCUUAUAACAGACUGUCCAAAGAGGUUUUUAAUGGGGAAUACCCACACUGCUUUGCACCAGCAUGACCUUUGGCUAUAGAUCUAUGGGGUCCCCACCCCACCCCGCACACACACGCGUACACACACCCGUCAACCCAUACCUUUUACUCGUGUGCAUUUUCAGGGUUCCCUGUGGGGUGUGACAUAUUGUCUCUGUCUAAGUGCCCUCUAGUGGCUGGAUUCAGCCCUGCAUGUGUGUCAUUAGCCCUCUAGAGCUAAAAGCUGAUGGGGAUUCUCCUUCCACCACCUUCCUUUACCCACAGUGUCCCUUUGACAACACAUAGCGUGAGCUUUAACCUCUGUGUUAGCCCCCAUCAUCCCCCACUUUAGACAAUGGAUGUGGGGGGAAGACUCCUCCAAGAUAUUUAUUCUAACGGCUGUAAAUAAAUUGAUUGCAAUUAAUAUAAUAAACUUGGUCAAAAGGAAAGGACAGAA